AGCGGGAGGAGCGGAAACUGCUGGGUCUGGGCUUUCUUCGGGGACGCCUCCGCCACGAACCGGGCCGCCCCGCCAGCGCAUCCCCGGCCCUGCCCGCCUGAGUCCGGGCCGCUGCCAGGCGCGCUGCCCCCAAGCGGCCUCAGGUUCCCCCCCAGCCCAGCUCAGCCCGGUCCGGCCCGGCCCGCGCCUGCAUCCUUGGCCGCCGGGAUCCCACCUGUGCCGCCCGCGCCAUGGCGGAGCAAGAGAGCCUCGAGUUCGGCAAGGCGGACUUCGUGCUCAUGGACUCGGUCACUAUGUCCGAGUUCAUGGCCAACCUCCGGCUCAGGUUUGAAAAAGGACGCAUCUACACAUUUAUUGGAGAAGUCGUUGUUUCUGUGAACCCAUAUAAAUCCUUGAACAUCUAUGGAAGAGACACAAUUGAGCAGUAUAAAGGGCGUGAGCUCUAUGAAAGGCCACCUCAUCUUUUUGCUAUUGCUGAUGCUGCUUACAAAGCGAUGAAGAGGCGAUCAAAAGACACCUGUAUUGUGAUAUCUGGUGAAAGUGGUGCUGGGAAAACUGAAGCCAGUAAAUAUAUAAUGCAGUAUAUUGCUGCCAUUACCAAUCCCAGCCAGAGAGCAGAGGUUGAAAGGGUGAAGAAUAUGUUGUUGAAAUCCAACUGUGUACUGGAGGCCUUUGGAAAUGCCAAAACUAACCGUAAUGACAACUCCAGUAGAUUUGGAAAGUAUAUGGAUAUCAACUUUGAUUUCAAAGGGGAUCCUAUAGGAGGACACAUCAAUAAUUACUUACUAGAGAAGUCUCGAGUGAUCGUGCAGCAGCCCGGAGAAAGAAGCUUUCAUUCCUUCUACCAGUUGCUUCAAGGGAGUUCUGAGCAGUUGCUGCGCUCUCUACAUCUCCAGAAGGGUCUCUCGUCAUACAACUACAUCCGUGGAGGAGCGCAGCUAAAGUCUUCCAUCAAUGAUGCUGCAGAUUUCAAAGGUGUAGCGGAAGCCAUGAAGGUGAUAGGCUUCAAGCCGGAGGAGAUUCAAACCGUUUAUAAAAUUCUGGCUACCAUUCUCCAUUUGGGGAAUUUAAAAUUUAUAAUGGAUGGUGAUGUAACUCUGAUUGAAAAUGGCAAAGUCGUAUCUGUCAUCGCAGAAUUGCUCUCUACUAAGUCUGAUUUGGUUGAGAAAGCCCUGCUUUACCGGACGGUGGCGACAGGACGUGAUAUCAUUGACAAGCAGCACACUGAGCAGGAAGCCAGCUAUGGCCGAGAUGCCUUUGCAAAGGCGAUCUAUGAGCGUCUUUUCUGCUGGAUCGUCACCCGCCUCAAUGAUGUGAUUGAGGUGAAGAACUAUGACACCGUCAUCCACGGGAAGAACACGGUCAUCGGGGUCUUGGACAUCUAUGGGUUCGAGAUCUUUGACAAUAACAGCUUUGAGCAGUUCUGCAUCAAUUACUGCAACGAGAAGCUGCAGCAGCUCUUCAUCCAGCUGGUUCUGAAGCAAGAGCAGGAGGAAUACCAACGGGAAGGGAUUCCCUGGAAGCAUAUUGAUUAUUUUAACAAUCAAAUCAUUGUUGACCUGGUGGAACAACAGCAUAAAGGGAUCAUUGCCAUACUAGAUGAUGCCUGUGUGAAUGUGGGCAAAGUGACCGAUGAAAUAUUCCUGGAAGCCCUGAACACAAAACUGAACAAGCACGCCCAUUUCUCCAGCCGGAAGCUCUGUGCCACAGAUAAAACCCUAGAGUUUGAUCGAGAUUUUCGAAUUAGGCAUUAUGCUGGAGAUGUAGUCUAUUCAGUCAUUGGUUUCAUUGACAAAAACAAAGACACCUUAUUUCAAGACUUCAAACGCCUCAUGUACAACAGUUCAAAUCCUGUGCUGAAGAACAUGUGGCCUGAAGGCAAAUUGAGCAUCACAGAGGUUACCAAACGACCUUUAACAGCUGCUACCUUGUUUAAGAAUUCCAUGAUUGCCUUAGUAGACAACCUGGCAUCAAAGGAACCAUAUUAUGUACGUUGCAUUAAACCAAAUGACAAAAAGUCCCCCCAGCUGUUUGAUGAAGAGAGAUGCCGGCAUCAAGUGGAAUAUCUCGGGUUACUGGAAAAUGUGAGAGUACGGCGGGCAGGAUUUGCUUACCGUCAGACCUAUGAGAAGUUUCUUCACAGGUACAAGAUGAUCUCUGAAUUUACCUGGCCCAACCAUGACCUCCCUUCAGACAUGCAAGCUGUGAAAAAACUGAUUGAAGGUUGUGGUUUCCAGGAUGAUGUGGCUUAUGGAAAGACCAAAAUUUUUAUCCGAACUCCCAGGACACUUUUCACCUUGGAAGAACUCCACGCCCAGAUGCUUGUAAGGAUUGUCCUCUUUCUACAAAAGGUGUGGAGGGGCACCAUAGCCCGAAUAAAAUACAAGAGAACGAAGGCUGCCCUGACCAUUGUCAGGUACCAUCGGCGUUACAAAGUCAAGGCGUACAUCCAGGAGGUCAACAGACGCUUGCAGGGUGUUAGGAACAUGAAGGACUAUGGGAAGCAUGUGAAGUGGCCAACUCCUCCUAAAGUUCUGCAUUGUUUUGAAGAGGCCCUCAAGGCAAUUUAUCAGAGAUGGAGAGCAGCCCAGCUUAUCCGGAGCAUCCCCCCUGCAGACUUGCCCCAAGUGAGGGCAAAGGUUGCUGCCAUGGAGAUGCUGAAAGGUCACAGAGCUGACCUUGGCCUCCAGAGAGCCUGGGAGGGAAACUACCUGGCAGCAAAGCCAGACACACCUCAGACCACAGGCACUUUUGUCCCUGUGGCCAAUGAACUAAAACGGAAGGACAAAUACAUGAACAUUCUGUUUUCCUGCCAUGUCCGUAAGGUAAAUCGAUUUAGUAAAGUGGAAGAUAGAGCAAUUUUUGUCACAGAUCGCCACCUGUACAAGAUGGACCCCACCAAACAGUAUAAAGUGAUGAAAACCAUCCCCCUCUAUAAUUUGACUGGGUUGAGUGUCUCCAAUGGAAAGGACCAGCUUGUGGUUUUCCAUACAAAAGACAACAAAGACCUCAUUGUCUGCCUUUUCAGCAAACAGCCAACCAAUGAGAGUCGAAUUGGUGAACUCGUAGGCGUUCUGGCAAAUCAUUUCAAGAGUGAGAAACGACACCUACAAGUCAACGUCAACAACCCCGUUCAGUGUAGCCUGCAUGGCAAGAAGUGCACCGUCUCCGUGGAAACACGCAUUAACCAGCCGGAGCCCGACUUCACCAAGAACCGCUCGGGCUUCACUCUCAGUGUGCCAGGGAACUAGCUGGCAGCCCCCAAGCUGGAGAGAGACAGAGACCUUGGCCGGGGGGGGGGGGGGGGGGGGAGGUUUCAAUCAGCUCAGCAGAGGCUUGCUGCCCUACACCCCCAUCGCCUGGAGGCUAGGGAGCAGACUCCCAGGAAGCUUUUUGUCCUUGCUAAGCAUAAUAGAUUCAAAUCUAAUCUGCUGAAUCGCCUGCUAAUGUGGUUCAGGCAACCUGACUAGGAAUGAACUCAGAAUGGGCUUUCGGGGGGAGAGCGCUCUGACUGUACCUUCUCUUUCCUCCCCCUCACCCCUCCUUCCAUUGACCCAUGACCACUCCCGAGAGGGAACUUUUCUUCUUCUGGCUUCCUUUUAUCCUCCACUUCCUCUUUCCCAAUGUUCUGUCACCUCCACUAGAGAAACCAAAGAGCUGGGGGGGGGGGGGAGGCUCACCCACAGCACCAAGGCUAACAACCAAAUCACAUUGGCAACUCAAGAGUAACUUAAAGCCUUCCCCUGACUGCUCAGGUUGCUACUUCUAACUAGUGAGCAUGAUGCAACCCUGUAAAAGGAUGGGGAGAAGGAGCCCCACAUCUUAAAAGGGUGUUCUUUAGAGAACAGCACCAAAGGAUUGGGAAUGUAACCUGCUCAGACCUGGAACUGAGUGGUGCCUACCUGGCUAGGGCCUCUGAUCCUCACAUCCCCCGACUCAAACGUCAGCUGUGCCUUCAGGAAUGUCUGCCUGGGACACUUAUCUCCGGGCCCGGAGGCUUGAUGGGAGGCUGAAAGCCCUGCACGUGGGCUUUGCCUUUCCCUAGCACCACCCAACAGCAGGCCAUCGUGUUCAGAACCCAAAAGCCAAGGUCUCCCCCAGUUCCAAAUCUCCCGGCAAGGCGGCUCUCCCAGCCCAGGACACAAAAGGUCGGAUUUAGGGAUUCUGCACUUUGCACCACCUGCCUAUCUAUCAUGCUUGUACCUGGGCGGCUGCCCCACCCCACUGAGGCCUUCUCUAUCACCUGUCCAGUGGAGGAGAAGUGUGUUAUGCUAAAAACCAUUCUCUUUAGUUAACCAAGCAUUCCCUUCUCUGUGUUGCACAUAUAACCUGUCUCAGCCCUUACUUUUACUGUUGUGAGAGUUUCUUCAUCAGAUGCCUUUUCUGUAAAACACUUUUUGUCAGUACUGAUGAGAGGUGUAGGUUAGGGGCCAGAGGGGUUCAGGGGGUUGGGAGCCUUUUUUUAGUACAUCUGAUUGUAUACUGGGCUUAUUUUGAGAUAUAUGAAUGUGGUGGGAAGGAAGUGGCAUUAUGGGAUUAUGGAAAGUGGGGAGAUUAAUAAGUAAUUAAUAAUUAGAGAUUAGUGAUGGAUCCUGGCACUGCGGGCCAGGCCAGGACUCCCACCCUUCAUGCUGCACAAAGCCUGAUAAUAUGAAACCAGGCAAAGAUCCCUAGAGUAGAGAAAUGCAACCAUUUUGCCUUUCUGUGCCCAGCUAAAAGUAUAUGCAUAUCAGGCCUAAGCAGGGAGAAAAGCCCUCCCAAGACUACAUAUCUUAUUUUCUAAGCCGGCCAAGCCAAGAAAUGGUUGUUGUCCUGGGAGUGGCACAAACCUGGGAUCAGAUCGGUAGAGAGGAGCACUUCCCUGGGCUGAGCAUUCUCACGUGUCACUGAAAAAAAAAAAAGAGUGCUGAGGUAUGAGCUUACCCAGGGAAGGAUGGUUCAUUAGCAUCUCAAAAGGAAGGCAAAAACUGGGGACUCCAUCUUGGAGCAAGAAUAAGUGAACUCUGCCCCUAGGAGCUUGGAUGAUUGGGGGAGGGGGGAAGGGCUCGUAUUUGGGAUUCUCUUUAGCCACUCACUCCUGUUUCCUCUAGAUCCUUUCCCCAUCCCCCAGCCUUCCUCCGACCCCACAAAGGACAAGCCAAGUUCCCCUGUGCAGCCCAGAGGGAAGGGAGCAGCGGCAAGUCGCCAGUGCCUGCCGGUGCCUUGGCCCAACCUGAGGUCCCGCUCCCUAAAUUCCCUUGGUUCCAGCUUGUCCCCCUUGCACGGGGUCCGCCCCAAAGGUGCCCACCUGCAUUUGCACUGUGUGGGAUUCCCCCACAAGGGCUCCCACUGGCAUUCUCCUUGUUGCCUUCCUUUUUUUUUUAAUCUUAUUAAAGAAGCCAUAUCAAACAUUGGCAAAUAGAGGCAAGCCUCUCACAGCUGCUUUAAUAGCGGGCACCUGAUACCGAGUUCAGCAAUACUCUCAGUGGUGCCGAUUACCUGUAGAUGCCUGUAGAACAGACCGAUGAUAACCUUCUCCUUCCUUUCCAUAUAUUCACCCAAGUAUCUUACUUCGAACUACGCGUUUGUUAAAGUCUCCUAAAACUUGCCAAACGAGCCGUCUUCAAGGCCGGGGGUGAAGGAGGCCUUUCAGAUUUUUAUUUUUAAUUCUUCUUGACAAGAAAAAUAAAGGGAGGCCCUUCUUUUGGAAGAUCUAUUUUGUUUCUCUUGGCCCAGCGCCAGAGUCCCCACCCCAGCCUAGGACCGCCGCAGUGAGGGCCAGGGGAGUGCCUGGCUGUCCGAUGAGCUCAUGCUUCUGAUCUGCUGCAAAAAGAGGUCGCAGGAAACUGUGACUGAAGGGCAAAGUUGGAGCUCUGAUAAUGCCUUGGCAUCUGGGCAGUGGUGGAGGGAGGAGGAGGGAGAGGAAAGGGAUAUAUAUGGUGAUUGUAUGUAAUGAAGUGUUUCUCUUGAUUAAAUUAAAUGCAGGUUUUUUUUGUUGGUGCAUAUAUUCCUAUUUUUCAUUAAAUUAACUUUAUUUCCAAAGCCUAUUUUGAUUCACCACGAAGAGCAAUAAAGCAUUGAAUCUUAUUUUUAA